UUCAAGAUUGUGUCACCAAAGGAGGUGUACACCUUAAAAUGAUACUCCUCAAGGGGCAACUCCUUGGAGUGGCUCUCCUGGGGUUGCUGGUCCACACAAGUGGAAAGAAGGUCUCGUGUUUUAUGGAUCAUUCAGGGAAAAGUGUGUACGAUUUUAAUGCCACCAAUAUCUAUGGUAAUGAGACCAUAGAGUUUUCUAAAUACCAAGGUAGUGUGCUGGCCAUUAUUAAUUUGGCCACCUACUGAGGUAUGACCACGCCCCACUAUCUGGGCAUGAACGCAUUUAUGAAGGAGUUCUCGAGCUCGGGCUUCCAGGUGCUCGGAUUCCCUUCAGACGACUUCAACCUUCAAGAGCCAGGAGGUACGGCUGAGGAGAUCCUGAACGGUAUCAAGUGGGUGAGGCCCGGCGGAGGGUAUGUCCCUCAGUUCCAGAUGUUCGAGAAAAUCGACGUCAACGGCAACAAAGAGCAUCCACUUUACACUUACAUGAAGUCCGUCUGUGGUCCAACAAGCGACACAUUUGAAGACUUGUUGUUUUACUCGCCGUUGAGAGUAAGCGAUGUUCGCUGGAACUUCGAGAUCUUCGUUGUGGACAAGACAGGCCGCCUACUGUACCGUUACAGUCCCGAUCAUGACCUGUCCAUGAUUAGGGAAGACAUCAGGAAACUGCUGUUUAAGGUUGAAGUAAAUGAUGCUCAAGUGAACAAGGGCAACAUAGCACUUCAUGAAGCUCAGGAAGAACUGAGCAAUGAAAUAAACCCUUAUUAAAGUGACAAUCACAUUUGAAAAACAAUUGUUUUGUUUAAUGCAGUAUUUCUAUGUUGUAGUCUGUGUUUUGUUUCUUGGCAAUGUACAUCUAUGACCUUUGUCAAUAACUUCCAAGAAUGAUGGCUACACCAGAAACGGAAGUUGGUGUGGCCGGAUAUUGGAGGAUCUAUGUGUAACUUUUGCGUUCGUUAUCCAUGGUAAAACCAACUGGUUAUGUUUUUGACAAGGAAAUAAAAUGUACGUCGCCAUGUGGAUAAACUAUAGCACAAAAAGAUACAAAAAAAACUAAAA